CAGUGGUGCUCUGUGUGUGUGUGUACCCUCACCUCUGUGCUGUUUACCACUUACCAACCCUGUAUGUGUGUUUCACUGACUCCCGGUCUGGCCUCGCCACGUCAAAUGACCGUCUCCUGCUUGCCGUCCAGAGAGAAAUAGCAACUUUGCCCUGCAUGUGUGUGUGUGUAUGUCUGUGUUUGGUUGGACUCCUGACCAGCCUAGUCAUUGGAAAUGAAGAUUUCUUCACUAAAACACUGGACUGAGAUUAGAGCCACAGAAGAGAGUCUAGCUUUUUCCCUCUGUAGGAGCUGAGUUUGUUCCUGUCUGUUCUUUUUCAACUUUUGUAUGGUUUGGAUGUCGCAAAGAUGAGUGGAUUCCUGUAUCGUGGCAGACACUAUAAUGGACAUAAAGCAGCCUGGCCCAAGAGCAUGAUCAACAUGGGCGAUUCCUCCAGUGCUGAUGCAGAGAAGAGCUCUGUUCUGCAGAUGCAUAGCCUGAGAGAGUUUGAACAGCACCUCAAUGACCUGAAGAAGGAGAACUUCAGCCUCAAGCUUCGCAUCUACUUCCUUGAGGAGCGUUUUCAGCAGAAAUUUGAUGACAGCAGCAGUGAGAAUGUCCAUCGCAGGAACAUUGAGCUGAAGGUUGAGGUGGAAAGCUUGAAACAAGAACUCCAGGAAAGACAGGAACAGCUUGAUAAUGCACUAACCACAGCAGAAGGUCUGACCAAUCAGAAUGAGGUCGAGGUGCAGCGUCGCUGUGAGGAGCGGCAGCAGGAGAUCGGACACAUGCAAGAGAUUCUGGAGACCAAGAUCCAGCUUCUGCAGGAGGAGGCUCAACUGGCAAGAAGUGAAGCAGAAAAAAUGGCUUCUUUGGCAGAUUCAGAGUCCCAGCGCUGUUUGGCCCUUGAAAGGAGGAUGAUGAUGGAAAUGCAGGGGGGAAAUGAAAGCUUAUCUGUCAUGGCACAACAUGAAGAGAUGGCUAAGAAAGACAGGUUGAUAGAGGAACUGAAUGAAACUCUAUGCAGGAGAGAGCAAGAAGCAGCUGAUCUGAGUGCACAGAGGGAUGCCGUUACUGUAAAACUAAAUCAGCUGGAAGAGCAAGUGCAGAACCUCAACAUUUCCCUCCAGCAGAAAGAGAAAGAUGAACAGACCCUCAGAGAAGAACUGGCUCAAGGAAAAAGCAAUACAGAGCAGGAGAUGCAAGUAAGACUUAUUUUUUCUAUUUAUAUGUUCUCUCAAGUUAUUUUUUUUAAGUAUAUGCAUGUAAUCUACACGGAAUUACUAUUAUUGUUUAGGAUAUUGCGACCGAUGAAGGACGUGUGUCGCAUCUGUGCAAGGGAGCUGUAUGGUAACCAGCGGCGAUGGAUCUUCCACCCAACUGCCAAGCUGAGUCUGCAGGUGCUGCUGUCCUAUGCAUUGGGCAGGGAAAUGACCCGAGACGGCAGGGGAGAGUUUGCCUGUAGCAAGUGUGCCUUCAUGCUGGACCGAAUGUACCGCUUCGACACUGUGAUCGCCAGGGUGGAGGCGUUGUCCAUUGAACGGAUGCAGAAGCUCUUGUUGGAGAAAGACAGGCUCAGGCAGUGCAUUGGAGGACUGUACCGCAAAAAUAAUGCUGAUGACUUUGGAGUGGAUAGUGGUGCUGCGGAUUCUUCUGUAGUUGACUUCUCCAGGCUGGCUGAAGCUGAAUACAACGCUCUGUUGCAGGAAGAUCUGGCAUACUCUGUUUAUGAGUCCUGGGCUGAGCAUGGAACUCAGGAGCAGGCUCAAGACCACCAAUGCCUUGUUCAUCAGUGCCAUGUGGCAGCAGAUGCCACUUUAGGUCCCCGUCCCAGGAAGUGCAAAGGGUGCGCUGCACUGCGAGUUUCAGAUUCAGAUUACGAGGCAGUCUGCAAGGUUCCUAGGAAAGUGAGUCGGAGCACUUCCUGCGGGCCCUCCACACGUUACUCCGGUAGUGUUCUGGACAGCGCUGAGGAAACCAUCCCAACCACUCCUCCACCAGAAACAGAACCUGAUGAGAACAAUCAAUCUCGCCAGCCCAGUGAUCCAGAGCCUGUCUUUGAGAGUCCUGCCUCCUCUGUGGAGUCUUUGGACACUGCUGUAGAUGUCACCCAAGAGUCUUAUCCAAAAGUCCAUCCUAACACCGUGCAGGGAGAGUCUGAAGAGGAACGAUCUGCCAUCAAGAUGCCUAGUUCUGUUUGUGGAAUUGAUAUGGCCCUCAGCUUGCUUAAAAGCUUUGAAUAUCACCCUCUUCAGAGUCACAGAGGUAGUCGAAUUCCUGUGCUCCUCAAACCUGUCACUACACCCAUGGGGAGUUCUUACCCUCUGCUACAGGUGCCUCCCAUUGGGGUAGAGUGUCCCAAUUUUCCCCAUCUUCCAGAUGCUCCUUCCAGCAUCCAGCAGGAGCUUCAGCUUGAGUUGGCAGAAAUGGAAGAGCUGUGGUUGGAUGAUUAUGUGCAGUGCAAGCCAUUGGGCCUUCAGAAGAUAAAGCAACAUCCACUUCAUAGUAGCAACCUUUGUCAGCUGGCAGAAUACGAGAACGCAGCGUGCCAGUGUGUGAGCGAGCUGCAGAAGACCCAACAGCAGCUCCAGUCUCUCCAGACCAAGAUCCGAGAAAGCGAGGGCAGUAAUAAGAAGUUACAACAGAGGCUUGGGGACAUGGAAAGUGAACUACGCUCUCUCAGAGAAGCAGCAUGUGGUCAGGAGAGAACAAUACAGACCUUGAGUGACUCACUCAACACUAAAGACUGUGAGGUUACGAUCUCCACCAGCUCAGAAGAGCAGAAGAAACUUUUGCACUCUCUGACACAACAGAACAACCAUUACCAGCUUCAGCAGCAGCAGCAGGUGUCUGGAGUGGCUCCGAGUCAUCUGCAGGCUGAUGUGUUGGACCUCCAGGGCUCUCUGUUCUCAGCCCAGCUGGAGCUGCAGGGCCUUCAAAGAGCACAGAAGCAUGGCCAGAGGCAAGAAGAAGACCUGGCUCGUGCAAACCAGCGCCUCCAGGCUGACCUGCAGAGAGCCCUGCAACACCACCAGGAGACAGAAAGGCACAACCAGGAUCUACAGGCUGCUCUAGAGAAGGCUCGCUUUGAGGUACAACAAAUGGAAGAGAAAUGGAGAGACGAAUGGAAACAGAGGGAGAAAGAGGUUGAGGAAAGAAAGAAAACCAUUCGAGAACUGAAGACCUCACUAGAGCACAAAGAACGUCUGAUAGAAGACUACAGUGAGCCGGUGGAUAGGCAGAAAGAGCCUGCUGGGAGUAGAGACAACCUCAUCCACAAGCUAAAACAGCGCAUUCGGGAAAGAGACCGAGCACUGGAGAGAGUGAUAGAUGAGAAGUUCACGUGCAUGGAAGUGAAGGAAGACGAGGUGCGUAAACUACAACUGCUGCUGAGAGAGAAAGAGAGAGACCUGGAGAAACUUCGAUGUGUGCUGUCCAACAAUGAAGAAACGAUCACGAGUUUGGAGUUGCUGCUUCGUGGUAAAGGUUUAGAGCUGGAGCAAGUUUGUGAGGCCUGGCACAAUGCUCAGAGCGUUCAGCGUGAGAAAGAAGAGUCACACGUGCGCAGCCUGAGAGAAAGGGACACUUUAAUCAGUCAGCUGCAGACAUCACUGCACACACGCACCAAAGAGGCAGAGGAGAUGACUGCAGUUCUUUUCAGUAAAGUGUCAGUCGGGUCCAAUGAGGUGGCUGAGGAGCUGAAGUCCCGCCUUCAGCUCAAGGAACAUUUGUUCCAGGAGCUGCUGUCGGACCGCAGCAGACAGACUCAAGAGCAUCACUCACAAGUCCAAGACCUGCUCAACACCAUCAGUGCAAGAGAGCAGUACAUCAGGGAUUCUGCAGUGCGUGUGGGUCAGGUGAUGGCUGAACAGACCGCUCGAUUGCAAGAGCUGCGUAGGCAACUUGGGUCAGCUAACCCAAAGUUGACCGAAGCAGACACACAAACUCUUCAGGAUGAGCUCCAACUGACUCUCCGCAGAGAAAGAGAGGCCCAGAACCAGCUUACUGCCCUGCAUGUCACCCUGGCGUCCCACCAAGACCAACUCAAGACCCAGGCCUCAGAUAUAGAGGCUUUGAGCAGGACUGUGAGCAUCAAAGAGGAAAUCAUCAAGGACUUGCAGAUGCAGUUGGUGGAUCCGUCAGAUUUAUCACUAGUAGAGCAACUGACCCAAGAGCUACAGAUGCUGAGAGAGAAGGUGCAACAUCAGGACGCUACCUGCAUUAAUCACAAGCAGGCUAUUUUGGAUCCACUGGUGUGCAUGGAAACAGGACAUGCGGCUAAAUCUCAUGCUGAUUUUGGAGGUUUUACAUCAGAUGAUGAAGAGGAGGAUGAUGAAGACUGCAAUACUGAGUUUGCAGACAGUGCCGAGGAAGAGGAGCGCUCCAAACUGACGGCUCAGUCUUUGGUCAAUGUACAGAGCUGUGAUCAGCAUAGAGGUCUUAAGGGCUGCCAGCAUGCAGUAGCUGAGGGUCCAGGACUGGCGGAGGUCAAGCUACUUGUGGAGCAGAAGAGGGCAGUAGAGAGAGAACUAAUGGAGCUGAAGUCCCAGUUGGAAAAGGCUGGUUUCUCCUCUCUCUCUCAAAUGAGGAACGCUUUCUUUACUCUAUGCUCUGAAAAUGAAGAGCUCAAGAUUAUGGUGACAGGAAGAAAGCCUCAGAAUGAUGGACAGAAGAGCACAUCAGAUGGACAGUCCUAUGGACAGCUGAUGGAUGCAGUUGGUGUAAAGCCUAAUGAAAGGGAGCCAAUGUGUGACAAGAGGGUGCGACUGAAGUCUGACCUUGAGCAGGUCCAGCAGGAGAGCAGAGAGAUUCAGGAGAGACUCAUGGUGUCAGAGGCCACAGUUCAAGCUCAAGCUGAACAACUUAAAGACUACAGAGAACUGCUCACAGAAACAUCAGUACAGCAGGACAAUAAGCAGGUCCAAGUGGACAUCCAGGAUCUGGGGUAUGAGACAUGUGGCCGCAGUGAGAAUGAGGCAGAGAGAGAAGAAACCAGCAGCCCAGAGUUUGAUGAUCUGGAGCUGUGCACAUCUCUCUCUUAUCAUGAUGGUGGCUCUCAGUGGUGGGGUGGUCCCAGUUCACUGAACUCUGGGAAGACUGAACCUGAUGUGACGUACCUGCAGCAGCUGGUAGAGGACCUGCGUGGUCAGCUCUCCCAAUCUCAGGCUCUGAUCCGUAGCCUGCAGGCCCAAACACGUGAUCACACUCCAGUCAGCACUCUUCGUAAGGUCAGCUGGGGCUUGGAUAACUCUGAGGCACAGAGUACAGCUGAGGAGGACGAGGGCUGGCAGUCGUCUGACGGCUUCGGGUCCCUCCCCCGCCAGCCCAAGCAAGACCGAGAGCUGCAGGAGCUCGUCUCCCGUGUGACAUCACUGGAGGAGCAGCUCAGAAAGGGCAAAGGUCAUUCAGAAGAUGGCAAAGCUGAGAAUUGGCAGGGUAAGUUUGACACGCUGAUCCAAGCACAGGCCCGUGAGCUGUCUCACCUGCGUCAGAGGAUGCGGGAGGGCCGUGGCGUGUGUCAUAUUCUGACUCAGCACCUGGGAGACACCACCAAGGCCUUUGAAGAGCUGCUGCGCUCUAAUGACAUUGAUUACUACAUGGGACAGAGCUUCAGAGACCAGCUCUCCCAGAGCAUCUCACUUGCUCAGAGAGUCAGCACCAAAAUCAGCGGCCGGGAUCACUCUGAAGUCCCAGAUGACAAAUCAGGUCACGAGCUGCUUGCAAUACGGCUAAGUAAGGAGCUGCAACAGAAAGACAAGCUCAUUGAGUCACUACGCUCCAGACUUGACCAGCAACAACCACGAUCGGAUACGCCUACUAGCAGUCAUGCCCUCUCUGUGGCUACAGAUCAAUCAGACAGGACCUCUUUUGUGUCAGAUGGCCAUGGCUCAACCAAUGAGGAUCUAGAGCUUUGCUCCAAGCUAGAUGCUGCCAGCGAAUAUGGCCAAGAGGAGGCAGCGAGAAUUGCCACAGACUCUUUUGAUCAUAGAAGUCCAGCCUCAUUACAUCCAUCAAAUCCUCCACCUAUCACUUCAUCAUACAGACACCAGUCCUCCAAAACCUGUCCCAGCAUGCACUGUACACCACGUAGGCCAAUGGAAACCCAAGCACAGACAGGCCUCUCUACUGUACCUCUGUCCAGCUCCAUUUCCUUCUCCACUUCUCUCCACUGUCCUGAAAUUUCUUCUCCACCUGUGUUUGAUCCUCAAACUCAACCCUUGAGAACCCAUCACCAUUAUGGUGGGGGGUUUUCACUGGCAGAGGUUCACCAAGAGCUUCAAAUGCUCCAGAGACAGCUUGGAAACAGUGAGCUUGCAUCUGAGUGCUACCAUGGUCCUCAGAUCAAACCCCUUCCUGCAUUUCCACUGGGUUCCCAUACUCAGCCUGACCAUAACAGCUCACACCCACUAUCCCAUCAUGCCUAUGAACAGUCACCUUUCAGCAGCCAGCACACCAGUCCUGCUAUGAAAUCAGGGACAAGCCUUCUGGAGAGCAGUGCAAUGUGGGAUAUGAUGUAUGGCCCAAGACCUUUAAGACCAGGCACGUAUGGAGACGUGUCCUCUGGUUCCUCUGGAUAUCAGUCAGGCCAUACAGGUACAGACUUGAUGGAAGAACACUUAAGGGAGAUUCGCACUCUCCGGCGGCGUCUAGAAGACUCUAUCCAGACCAAUGAUCGUCUGAGACAUCAGCUAGAGGAGAGAUUGGCCUCCUCUGGGCGAAACGGAGGGGGAGCGCCCACUAACAUCUAUAUCCAAGGCCUUGAUUCUGUCAGUCAGCUGUCCAAUGAGAUUCAAGCACUGAAAGAGAAAAAUUAUACCUUGCAGAAGCAACUCCAGCAGGCCAGGACAGAAGGCAGUAAAGAGAUGGAGCGGCUGAGAGAGGCGGUUCUGUCUGGGCGUGGCCAGUUAAAGCAGGCGGAGCUAGAAGCCGACAGGUGGGCGGAUCAGUGCAGACGGCUGCAGGCUCAGAACAGAGAGCAGACUCAGGCAGUACUGCAGCUCAAACAAGAGAAACAGAACAGCAUGGACAACAUCACCAGGUUACAGCAUGAAGUGAAUGUUCUCCAGCAGCAGCUGAGUGAGUCUCAGUGUCUAGUGCACACACUGCAGUGUGAGCUACAGGUGUAUCAGAGAGUCUGUGGCACUACUGAGAGCAACACAGGCUCAGGAUUGAGUUUGACCUUUGACCUACGAGAGCAAGAGUCUAACAUGCAUUUGUUGGAGCGGCAGUUGAGACAGAGGCUGGACCAGUGUAUGCCCCGUCCCUCAGCCAGGAAACAGUUCUUCCACGGUGAGACAACCAAUCAAUCACUUGCUUAUCAUGACUUAAAUUCACACGUAUAUGGAUGGGGUUCUUCAGCCCCUGUUAAACAGGUUUGCCCACAGUCUUCUGCUGGUGACUCAUCUAAGUCUGGUGCUGAAGCUCUAGAGGUUGAGGCCCCUGAUGGCUCCUUCGCCUGCAAGACUGGGCGUCAUAUGAUUGGUCAUGUGGAUGACUUCAAUGCCCUUCAGCAGCAGCUACUGGAAGGGAAGGUUGUUAUCCGCAAGAUGGAAGCGGCACUGAAGUCCAGCACAGAAUCACCUAACCUACCCGAUGGUUAUAUGAGGAACUUGCACACCAGCACUAAGACACUGAAGCAGAUUCUGGAUGAGACAAGCUCUCUCUUAAAAAUAUUUUGGAGGGCGUCUCUGCCCAGCACUGAGACCUCGGCCCAGCAGCUCAAAAAGGAGCAGUCUUUGAGAAAAGAGGUUUUCACUCUGAGGCGCAAGUUGUCUGAUCAAGAGCAGCUUCUCAGGGACACGAUGGAGAAUCUGAGGACCUCCAGUCGCACUAAAGACAGCAUGGAGCAAUUCAUCGUCAAUCAAUUGUCAAGAACACGAGAUGUGUUGAAACAAGCUCGCUCAAAUCUAGAGAAGAAUGAACUCAAGAUUGCCUCUCUAGGCUGCACCCCUCUCCCUUCAUCCUUCUAUUCGGUCUCAUCCACUCCUUCCUGGUCUGAUAGAGGUGAGGUCUCAGGAGCCUCCCUCCAACAUGCCUCCUCUCUUGGUUGGAAUUUCGUGACCCCUCAGGCUCAGGAUCAGCACAAAUCAGUGACAGCUUCAUGGCUGGCACAGGGGCGUGACAGACAGCGCCUCUUCCAGGUGUCCUGCAGAACAGACUCCAGACGGAGUGCUGCUGUCUCUCCCUCUUUCUGAGUGAAUCAGAGUCAUAUUAAUUUACCCUACAAUGCAUUCAGUGUCCUGGAUCAUGUGUAGAUCUAUCAUUCUAGAUCUAUCAGUAAGCCUUAUUUAUUAUAUAAGAACCACCAAAAAGUUCCAUUGGAUUAGAUUAGUAUUAUAGAUGUUUGGAUUAGCUAUCAUGUCUCCAACCAAAGUAACAUCUCAUGGGUUUGUGUUUGGUGUUAGGGUUUAUAAUGAACCAGCAACACAAUUAAUGUGCAAUUAUAAUACUACUGUGCUACCAGCCAGACCUGCUACACUGUAAAUGAAAGUCACCCCAAGGACGAACUGAAGACUGAUGGUGCAAUAAUUUUUCAAUAAGCCUGCUGCUGUAGUCUUGACAUCGGAAUAUAAGAGACAUGUUUGUUUUGUGUUAUUGCCAAAGUUUGAGUCUAUUGCUUUUAAUGAACUAACCAUCUGCUGUUUUGUUCUAUUAAACCUGUAGUACAGUUUAAUUUCCUUUUUUCUCUUUAUUUUCGUUCUUUUAUUAUUUUUUUGUUUGUUUCUUUUUACUGUUUUUAUUUAACAUUUUCCUGUUUUAUAAUUUUCCUGUACUGAAGAGUAUUUUUAAUUACUAUUUAGUUUUGGUCCAAAAAAUAUAUUUAAAAAAAAAGUGUUUUAUAUUACUAUUUGCUGUAUCAGCUCUUCCUGAUGGACCUUUUUUUUCACUUUUUGUUUUUUAUUUUUUAUCUAUUUUAUUUUGUUUUUGUUUAUUUUUGUUUUGUUUCAAUUUUAAUUUUUUUGUUACUGUUUUGUUUUUUAUAGGCUUGCAAUGUCUGUAAACUGUUCCCAUGAGAUAAAAAACACUCUAAACAUUAUCUCAAGUUUCUGAGUUAACAUUAUUGGGUUAAAUAAUUAUCUUGUUAGACACUGCAGACAAUGUUGCAAAUUGUAGAUUGUGAGACAUUGGUCCUAAUGCUACACAUGUGCAUAACUUUAAUGUUUUAACUGUAUGUGGGUUUGAAAGCCUGUUGCUCUUGCAUGAACCACAUGAAUUACACUGUCAUUUGCAGUAUUUCAGUAUUCCACAAUAGUGCAAGAAGUCCUGGAUUUUCUGCUGUAUAUGUGUAAUUAUCUGGUGCCAUUUUGUUUGCUUUGUAUAUUAUGUAUUUGUUUAGGAGACACCUGUUUGCUGCUGUCAUUAGGUCAGGCAUGCAUAUGUUAUGAUGACAAAAGAGAGCCACGGGUCAUUUCAAGUCAACCUUGCACUCAUUCUUCUAUGACAAUCAAAAAUUUCUCAGAGGUUUGUAAUUUUGGAAUUUAAUUUGUU